UGCUGUGCUGCAGCCAUGGACGGCGGACUGUGCCGGUGUCUGGCCUGCGGCAGGAGGCGGACGACGGACUCGCCGCAGGGUUCCCCGGCAGAGGACAGUGACCUGCGCAUUAGGAAGUCCGAUGCCAGCUCCAGCUUCCUGCGGGCAGCUAGGGGCGGCAACCUGGACAAGGUUCUCGACUAUAUCAAGAACGGCACAGACAUCAACACAUGUAACCAGAACGGUCUAAACGCACUCCACCUGGCCAGCAAGGAAGGUCACGGCCACAUCGUCAGUGAACUGCUCAGCAGAGGGGCAAAUGUUGACGCAGUCACCAAAAAGGGCAACUCGGCCCUGCAUGUGGCCUCCCUCGCCGGCCAGGAGGAGAUUGUCCGUCUGCUGGUGCAGGCGGGCGCCAACGUGAACGCCCAGAGUCAGAAUGGCUUCACGCCGCUGUACAUGGCGGCUCAGGAGAACCACGACGCCGUGGUGCGGUACCUGCUGGCCAACGGAGCCAACCAGAGCAUCGCCACAGAGGACGGGUUCACGCCACUGGCCGUGGCGCUCCAGCAGGGCCACGAUAAGGUGGUGGCUGUCCUGCUCGAGAACGACACGCGCGGGAAGGUUCGGCUGCCGGCGCUGCACAUUGCCGCCAAAAAGGACGACUGCAAGUCGGCCGUUCUACUGCUGCAGAACGACCACAAGUCGGACGUGACGAGUAAGUCUGGUUUCACGCCGCUGCACAUCGCGGCGCACUACGGCAACCAGAACAUCGCCUCUCUGCUGCUUGACAAGGGCGCGGACAUCAACUACAUGGCCAAGCACCACAUCACGCCGUUGCACGUGGCCGCCAAGUGGGGGAAGGCCAAUAUGGUGACGCUGCUCUGUGAGCGCGGCGCCAACCAGGAGGCCAAGACGCGCGACGGCCUCACGCCGCUGCACUGCGGCGCGCGCAGCGGACACGAGAACGUCGUCGACCUGCUGCUCGAAAAGGGCGCCUUCAUAUCGGCCAAAACCAAGAACGGUCUCACGCCGCUGCACAUGGCGGCCCAGGGCGACCACGUGGACGCCGCCCGGAUACUGUUCUACCACAAGGCGCCGGUCGAUGACGUCACCGUCGACUACCUGACCGCCCUGCACGUGGCCGCGCACUGCGGCCACGUGAAGGUGGCCAAGCUGCUGCUGGACCGUCACGCGGACGCCAACUCCCGGGCGCUGAACGGCUUCACGCCGCUCCACAUCGCCUGCAAGAAGAACCGCAUCGAGGUGGUGGAGCUGCUGCUGAAGUACGGCGCCAGCAUCGAGGCCACCACCGAGUCUGGCCUGACACCGCUACACGUGGCCUCGUUCAUGGGCUGCAUGAACAUCGUCAUCUACCUGCUGCAACACGACGCUAAGCCCAACCACGCCACGGUGCGGGGGGAGACGCCGCUGCACCUGGCGGCCCGCGCCAACCAGGCUGAUAUCAUCCGCAUCCUGCUCAGGAACAGGGCAGAGGUGGACGCCCGGGCCAGGGAGCAGCAGACGCCGCUGCACAUCGCCGCCCGUCUGGGUAACGCCGACAUCGUGAUGUUACUGCUGCAGCACGGCGCCGCGGUCGACUCGACCACCAAGGACCUGUACACGGCGCUACACAUAGCCGCCAAGGAGGGCCAGGACGAGGUCGCCCAGGUGCUGAUGGAGCACGGCGCCUCGCUCUCGGCGGUCACCAAGAAGGGCUUCACGCCGCUCCACCUGGCCGCCAAAUACGGAAACAUGCGCGUCGCCAAGACACUGCUGGCCAAGGACGCGCCCGUGGACGCCCAGGGCAAGAACGGCGUGACUCCGCUGCACGUGGCGGCCCACUACGACCACCAGAAUGUGGCGCUGCUGCUGCUUGAGAAGGGGGCCUCCGUCAAGGCCACCGCCAAAAACGGCUACACGCCGCUGCACAUCGCCGCCAAAAAGAAUCAGAUGGACAUAGCCACCACUCUGCUCGAGUACGGCGCCGAGACCAACUGCGAGUCCAAGGCCGGGUUCACACCGCUCCAUCUGGCCGCUCAGGAGGGACACUCGGACAUGAGCACACUGCUCAUCGAACACAUGGCAGACGUCAACCAGAAGGCCAAGAACGGUCUCACGCCGCUGCACCUGUGCGCCCAAGAGGACCGGGUGCCGGUGGCCGCUAUCCUAGUGAAGCACGGGGCAGAGGUGGGACCAGAGACGGCGGCCGGCUACACGCCGCUGCACGUGGCCUCGCACUUCGGGCAGCUCAACAUGGUCCGAUUCCUGCUGCAACAUCAGGCCGAGGUGAACCCGGUGACCGCUGCGGGCUACACGCCGCUGCACCAGGCCGCCCAGCAGGGGCACACUCUCAUCAUCAGCCUGCUGCUCGAACACAAGGCGCAGCCGAACGCCGUCACCAACACUGGCCAGACGGCGCUGUCGAUCGCCCAGCGGCUGGGCUACAUCUCCGUGGUGGAGUCUCUGAAGGUGGUGACGGAGACGGUCAUCACCACCACCACCACGACGGUCACGGAGGAGAAGUACAAGGUGGUCUCGCCGGAGACCAUGCAGGAGACCUUCCUCAGCGACAGCGAGGAUGAAGGAGGGGACGAUUUUCUCGACUCUGCUGUGUACGGGCGUCCGUCCAAUGCCCAGCACGUGUACCUGCCCUAUUACGAGGGCCAGAUGGAACUCAGUCCGGAGGACCAGCCAGCCGGCGACUCCACGUACAAGUACCUCACCGUGGACGAAAUGAAGUCGCUCGGCGACGACUCGAUGCCCAUGGACGUCUCCCGGGACGAGUUCUUUGACCGCUCGCACGACUUCCACACCGACUGGAUCAGCCCGGCUCCUCCCGUUGAGGAGACCAUCUCGCCGCAGAAGAUCAAAGAGUCGUACGCCCAGUUCACGGGCAGUUUCGCGCCCGACAACGUGGACAUCUCGCGCUCGCCAGUCACCGCCGGGGCCGGCGACCCCGCCGCGUCGGCCCCAGCAGCCGUCAAGUCGACUAACCCCCCGCUCCCACGCAUGCUACCGGCCAGACCUAAACUCAAGUGGAAGUCGUUCCUGGUGAGCUUCAUGGUUGACGCGCGAGGUGGCGCCAUGCGCGGGUGUCGCCACUCGGGGGUGAGGGUGAUCGUGCCGCCCCGGAAGGCGGCGCAGCCCAUGAGGAUCACCUGCCGUUACCUGAAGAAGGACAAGUUGCUGCACCCACCGCCGCUGAUGGAGGGCGAGGCCAUCGCCAGCCGAAUCCUGGAGAUGGGCCCGGCGCAGGCCAAGUUCCUCGGACCGGUGAUAAUCGAGGUGCCGCACUUUGCGUCUCUGCGCGGUCGGGAGCGGGAGAUUGUCAUCCUGCGCUCCGACAACGGCGAGACGUGGAAGGAGCACACGUUGGAGGCCUCCGAGGAGGCCGUCCAGGAGGUGCUGAACGAGAGCUUCGACGGAGACGAGCUGAAGCAGCUGGAGGACCUGAACACGAGUCGCAUCACGCGCAUCGUCACCACCGACUUCCCCCAGUACUUCGCCAUCGUCAGCCGACUGCGCCAGGAGGUGCACGCGAUCGGCACGGAGGGCGGCAUGGUGUCUAGCACGGUGGUGCCGCAGGUGCAGGCCGUCUUCCAGCCGGGCGCCCUCACCAAGAAGAUCAAGGUCGGCCUUCAGGCGCAGCCGAUCCCACCGGAGCUGGUGGCCAAACUACUCGGGAACCGGGUGGCCGUCUCACCAAUCGUCACUAUAGAGCCCCGCAGGCGCAAAUUCCACAAGCCGAUAACUCUGACGAUACCGGUGCCGCAAGCGGCCGCCAAGGGCAUGAUCAACCAGUACAGCGGCGACGCUCCCACCUUGAGACUGUUGUGCUCGAUAACAGGUGGCACGACGCGCGCCCAGUGGGAGGACGUGACGGGCAGCACGCCGCUGACGUUCGUCAACGACUGCGUCAGCUUCACCACCACGGUCUCUGCGCGCUUCUGGCUCAUGGACUGCCGUAACGUCACAGAGGCUACCGCCAUGGCCACAGAGCUCUACAAGGAGGCCAUCCACGUGCCCUUCAUGGCCAAGUUUGUGGUGUUUGCGAAGCGUCACGACCCGCUCGAGGGCCGGGUACGCGUGUUCUGCAUGACCGACGACAAAGAGGAGAAGACGCUGGAGCAGCAGGAGCACUUCGUCGAGGUCGCCAAGAGCCGAGACGUCGAGGUGCUCGAGGGUAAGCCUCUGUACCUGGAGUUUGCCGGAAACCUGUUGCCCGUCACCAAAUCGGGCGACCAGCUCAACUUCAACUUCUACAGCUUCCGGGAGAACCGGAUGCCGUUCAAUAUGCGCGUCAAGGAUCACACCCAGGAGCCCAUGGGACGCGUCGCCUUCAUGCGGGAGAAAAAGCUCUCCCGCCAGGACGCGCCUCAGCCUCCCAUCUGCAACCUGAACAUCCAGCUGCCGGCCGACAUCUGUCCCGAGGCUGAUGUAUCGGCGGACAGCGAGCUGCUGCGACAGCGGCUGACACCGCUCACUGUCCGGAGUAUCGGGCGGCUAGUUCGGCCGGAGAUCCACCGGGCGGAUAUUCGGAUAACGGACAUCGCCCACAAACUAGGGAAGGACUGGGUGGCACUGGCGCCGCACUUAGAUAUUCCCGAGUCGGACAUUCAGCUGAUUCAGACCGAGUACCCGGACGACUCGGCGCAGCAGGCCACUGUGAUGCUACGACUCUGGAUGAACAGCGCCGGUCAUGACGCCACCGGCAACACGCUGGCGCGCGGCCUGCAGGCCAUCCACCGUGACGACAUCGUGACGGCGUGUAUCACCGACUCCGUGAUGGUGACGGACGCCAUGGAGGCCGCCAUGGCCAAGGCCCGGCUCGACCAGUCAGGUUUCGAUAGUCUGCGUGAGGAGUUGGGGCCCUCCAGAGACACCUCAUUCAGACCGGACCUGACGCUGGACGACCGAGACAUCAUGAAGGAGGCAGAAAGUGUUGAAGAUGUACGAGUAUCAGAAGUUGGCAAAACCGAGCCUGUCAUCACGCCGCCCGGUGACGCCGACGAGCGGAAGUACGCCGCCGAGGAGAAGACGGUCUCCUCUGCCCCGGAGCCGGUGCCGGAGCCGGUGCCGGCGGCGCCGCGGCCCAGCCGGCCCGUGGCACCCAUCGCGCCCAAGGACGGCCCGGCCACCGGCCAGGUCACCGUCACCGACCUGGCCAGUCCCGUCGAGCAGGAGCGGGAGAUCGCGCCCGUCAAACUCGAACACCCCGAGGUGGCUGAGCGGGAGGAGAAGCGGCGCUCCAUGGUGCUCAGGGAGCUCGGAGACGCGCUGGCUGAGGUGGAGCGAACGCAGCCUCCUCUAGAGCGGCCCGGCAGGGAACCGACAGACGAGCCUGUUGUCGAGGAGCCGGUCAUGGUCUCAGAAAAGAAGGGUCUCAAGUCACCGGUCACGCCCGCAAUGAGUGUCCCCACGGCUGCCGUGCGCACCCACACCGCCCCCGGUGUCUCUGAGGCCCCGCGUGAGCUGCCCCGCGCCCCCACUCCCCCCUCCACCCCCACGGAGCUGGAGCCGCCGCAGCCAGAUGGCAGUAAAACCACCGUAAUGCAACAAACGAGCGAUACCGUCACCGAAGACGGUCGAUUGGUGCAAAAAUCGACCACCAUCACCACAACCAGUGUCGGAGAAACCUCCGACCUUGUCGAGCGCCUCACUUCUGAAGGAGAUCUUCAGAAGUCCGAGGCUGCGCAAAGCGUCGAGGAGAAAGAUGUUUCGGCAGAUGGCGCGCCGGUCGCCUCCGCUCCGCCGCAAGUUGUUUGGCAACCGCUAACCACUUCUGAGCUCGAGAUGACGUCACCAUUGCCUCCGGACGCCGCUGAUUGGCUGCCGCUGACCACCUCUGAGAUGACGUCACAGCUGCCGCCGGACGCCGCCAAUUGGCCGCCGCUGACCAUCACGGAGGAGUGGCCGGUGACGUCACUCGCCGGGGGACCGCGCGGCCCUCGCUGGGCGCUGUUGGCUGUCGCCGACCGCGACCUUCUGCCCGUUGACCUCGCCGGUGACCUCGGUGACCUGGGGCUCUCUGGUGACCUCGGUGACCUCGGGAGUCUCCCUCGUCACUCGGAUGAUACCGCCACAGCCGUGCCGACAUCCGCCCCUCCUGUCCAGAAGCCCCUCCCUGUUGACGUCACGGCUGACCUGACGGGUAACGUCACGGCCUCGGUGAGCCCUCUGAGCGAGUUCGCGGACGCGGCGGCCGGUCCGGCCGGCUGGGACUCCUCGGACACUGAGGGUGAGACGGCGCCGGACAUCAGCCUGACGGAGCUGCCGGCUGGCACCGAGCUGGACCAGGACCAGUGCCGGCUCAUCAGCGUGGCGCGACAGCUGGCCGACGUGGCGGAGGGCCUGCGGAGGCUCUCCCUGACCGAGGAACCUGAGCAGGACUGGGCCUCUCCCGAACGGGAGGUGGGCAGAGAUCCACUCGUGGGGGAGGAAAGCGGAGGUACUGCCCUUGGAGAAGACAGAGAUCUCUUCCAGGCAGGCAGGAUCUCGUCUCAGAGAGAGAACAUGGUUCCCUCUGUGCGAGAGGUGGACGGCUCUGUGAGGCGUUCGGCGGCAGCGUUCGGGGGUCCGUUGAGCCUCGCCAGCGGUCCCAGCCCGCCGGGUAGUCCGCUGGGGGACGCUUCGUGGGGCCGCGGCGGUCUGUCCGUCGGGCCGCCGACCCUGAGCGGCUCGGAGGAGUCCCUGGGGCCGCACAUCCAGCGUACUGACUCCACAGAGGAGGAGGACCAGGGGCCGGUGUGUGCCCAGGUGCGGCUUGUGGUCAGGACCCGCUCCCCGGGCUGCGAGGCCGUCGAGAUCCGCAGCAUCCGACAGUUUGUGAGCGGGGAGCCGGGCCGGUUCGAGCGGGCCGUGCGCGCUGGCUCGGCGGCGGCCCGGAGCCCGUCCGCCGGCUCUUUCGAGAGCCAGAGGUGUGUGACUCGCGCUGAAGUGGCGGCCAGGUCUGCGGAGGCGCAGCGUCCCGAUGACCUGGGACUGAUGGCCACUCUCCAGGGAGAAGGUCGAGGUAAGACGCGAUACUCUGAAGACAGAGGACGGCGACGUGGCCGGUGUGCCAGAGUGGGGUUCCCUUAGCUAACCCAGUGGAUG